CGUCAGUCGCUUCUGUUCCUGGUGUAACCUGAGAGUCCGAGUGGGUUGAAAAAGUCGAGUCCCGUUUCCGCAAAAGUCUUCAAUUACACUUUUUUUUUUUAAUUUCGUGUCGUUUUAUCGCAGUUUGUCGGCUCGUUUUGCGUUAGCUUUAGCAUUAGCACACACAUAAACACACACAGAGACACACGUAAACACACUGACACACACCUGCUGCUGCUGCUGCUGCGGACAGAGACACAGGUCUCACAGAUGGCGUCCUGGGCGUUCCGUGUGUUCGUGCUGCUUCUGUCCGUCCUCCUCGGCAGCUGCGGAGCCAAGAGAGACGCUGUGGUCUACUGCUCCGCCUGCAGCGCCAUGGUGGAGGAGAUGAUCUUCUCCAUCGGCCAGAUCGACCCCAAGAAAACCGUCAACGUGGGCGGAUUCAGGCUCAGUCCGGACGGCACCAUCCGGGACAAGAAGGUGCCCCUGUCGCGGUCCGAGGUGCACCUGUCGGAGCUUCUGGACGGCGUGUGCGAGCGGAUGAACGACUACGCUCUGUACGAAGACCCGGACUCUCACGAGAAACGGUACCGACGCUUCGCCCCGAGAGAAAACCAGGACAUGACUGACCUGCCCGACUUCAACAACUUCAAGUUCGAGGGACCCGAGGCCAGCGCGCUCAAGUUCGCGUGCGAGACGAUCCGAGAGGAGCUGGAGGACGUCAUCAUCACUCUGCUGCAGACAAACCCAGACAACGCCCAGCAGGAGCUCUGCAGCAACAUGUCAGGUUACUGUAGAGCGAGCGGCCGGGCCAAGGAGGAUCUCUGAUUCUGGACAUUUUGGAUCUGAAAAAAAAAAAAAGAAACUGUGGCCUUUGAAAAGAUUUUAUAGAAUAACACUUGUUUAAAUAAACGAACAAAACACACGGUGCACGUUUUGGUACGAGG